AUGCCUGCAGAGAAGGAGAAAAUCUCACAAGAAGAGGUGGUUGUAGAAGAUGUAGUGGAAGAAGAGGAAGAGCCAGUGGAGGAAGCACCGCCUCCCAAGGCAAACAUUGUGAUACCUGCACCCCCAGUUGAAGUUAAAAUUCCAUUCCCACAGCGGGUGCAUAAGAAGAAGCUAGAUGAUCAGUUCUCUAGAUUUUUUGACAUUUUCAUAAAGGUACACAUCAACAUUCCGUUGGUAGAGGCGUUGCAGCAAAUGCCUAGCUACGCCAAAUUUCUGAAAGAUGUUAUCUCCAAGAAGAGGAGAUGGGUGGAGCAUGAGACCAUCAACUUGACGGAGAGCAGUAGUGCCAUUAUCCAGAAGAAACUGCCCGCUAAGAUGAAAGAUCCUGGAAGCUUCACUAUAUCAUGCAUAGUAGGGGAUAGCCAAAUGGGCAAUGCACUGUGUGACUUGGGAGCGAGCAUUAAUCUUAUGUCGUCCUCGUUCUUUAAGAAGCUGAAGAUUGGGACACUGAGGCCCACCACCAUCACACUCCAGAUGGCCGACCGAUCUGUGUCGUAUCCAAGGGGGAUUGUUGAAGAUAUACUCGUCAAAGUCAAUGACUUCAUUUUCCCUGUGGAUUUUGUGGUGCUUGAUAUGGAGGACGACCGGAAUGUUCCUCUUAUACUGGGAAGACCUUUUCUAGCUACAUGGAAGACAAUGAUAGAUGUGCAGAAGGGAGAGCUCACACUCCGACUUAAUGAUGAGAGCGUCGAAUUUCGUAUCUACAAUGCAAUGCAGAGGCAUGAUGAUGAAGAUGCAAGGAGAGUGGAGCACUGCAACAUGGUUGAAGUGGUCGAUGAUUGUGUAAAGGAGGUGGCCCAAGCCAUCUCACUACAAGACCAAUUGGAGCGAUGCUUAUCGCAAUCUAUCUUCUCUCCUUACUAUAAUGAUAUUAAUGAGCCUAAUACUGAUUUGUUAAACUUUGUAGGUGCUCUCAAUUCAGCAGAGGAGAUCCCUAGGUUUCGACAGAAAUUCUUACCGUUGAAGGAUCCGAAUGAAGAGGAGAAGAAAGAGGAAAAGAAAGAGGAGUUGAAGUCGUUGCCAUCACACCUUAAGUAUGCAUUUCUCGGGGAGAAUGCUACUUACCCGGUAAUUGCUUAG